AUGUCAUCCUCCAAUGUCCCCAAGUCUGCCAAUCUGGCUCCUCCCCAGCCCAAAUCUUCUCGGCCGGGACAUACUCGCAGCGAAUCAGCCACGAGCGUUAAGUCUGCUGUCGAACACUUCACUGAGAGCGUUCGUCCUUCUGUCUCAGCCCGCGAAUCCCAAGCCGAGCUCCCUACCCCAGCCCAUCGCCUGGCUGUUCCAGCUCGCCCGCCAAACACCCCAAGACAGCAUUCAGGCGACAACCUCCGAUCUGGUCUGGCCGGUCCAGUAACAGAUAAGGCUCUAUCUGAUACGCUCAUCCCCGGCACCGCCGUGACCGAGCUCCUCGCAGGACAAACGGGCAAAUCCUUCAAAGUCCACACCGACCUGCUCAAAUCACGCUCGCCCUACUUCGCCGACCGCUUCUCGGUGCCGAUCUCACCAAACUCACCACCGCUCUCCUUCCCGGACCUGGACGAGUUCGCCUUCGCGCUCUUUGUCAGAUGGCUGUACGGCGCAGACCUGCGCGGGCCUACCGACUUCCACAGCAUGCAGCACUACCUGUGCCUGUACGUCCUGGCGACACGCUUCGGCAUCGAACGGCUGAAGAACGACGUCAUGGACCAGGCGCGUGCCUAUUACCGGCGCUCGAGCAUGACGGCGCCCGCCUACCGCCUCGAAUACGUCUACGGCGGCACCGCGGGGCCCAACCACAUGCGCCGCUUCCUCGUCAGCACCGCCGCCUACCGCUACCUGUGCGAGCGCGAGCCCACAUUGUCGGAAAGCAUGCGCGGCGUCAUUGCCAAGGGCGGCGAACUUGCUGUCGACUUCGCUGAGGCGCUGGCCCGCCUGCAUCAGAAUGAGUUGGCCGACGUGCGGAAGGGUCCUGAUUGCGCCUUCCACGAGCACUUUGAGACGCCCGCCUGCAAGACACGUAUCCCAGAGCCUUAUGAGUGA